UGCUGAAGGAGUGUGCAUCUGCCUAACCUGUAAAGCAAUGACAGCCUCGUCUUGAAUCAGUCGCUAAAAUACAGGCACCUAGUGCUAUUUGAGACACUUAAGGGUAGCCGAGACAUCCUCUCUGGGCUGGCAGAUAUGACCCAGGACCUGCAGGACACCUGCGCUCUUCUGGAGCAGCAGCUGGGGACCAGACUAAGAUGCUUAGUAAAGCAGCUGGAGAAGGGUGACAUUAAUGUGGUGGAUUUGAAAAAGAACAUUGAAUAUGCAGCCUCUGUGCUCGAGGCAGUUUAUAUCGAUGAAACCAGAAAGCUUUUGGACACUGAGGAUGAGCUCUCUGACAUCCAGUCAGAUUCGGUGCCCCUGGAAGUGCGGGACUGGUUAGCUUCUACAUUCACGAGGAAAAUGGGAAUGGUGAAGAGGAGACCUGAAGAAAAGCCCAAAUUCCGAAGCAUUGUACAUGCUGUACAGGCAGGAAUUUUUGUAGAAAGGAUGUACCGAAGAACUUCUAACAUGGUUGGUUUGGCUUACCCAGCAGAAGUGAUAGUAACAUUUAAGGAUGUUGAUAAAUGGUCUUUUGACGUGUUUGCCCUAAAUGAAGCAAGCGGAGAGCACAGUCUGAAAUUUAUGAUGUAUGAACUGUUUACCCGAUACGACCUUUUGAGCCGUUUCAAGAUCCCUGUUCCCAAUCUUAUUUCAUUUGCUGAAGCACUUGAGGUUGGUUACAGCAAAUUCAAAAAUCCAUAUCACAAUUUGAUCCACGCAGCUGAUGUUACUCAAACUGUGCAUUACAUCCUGAUUCACACUGGUAUCAUGCACUGGCUCACGGAACUGGAAAUUUUGGCAAUGAUCUUUGCAGCUGCUGUCCAUGAUUAUGAACAUACUGGGACCACAAAUAAUUUUCAUAUUCAGACAAGGUCAGAUGUUGCAAUAUUGUACAAUGAUCGUUCCGUUCUUGAAAAUCAUCAUGUGAGUGCUGCUUAUAGGCUCAUGCAAGAAGAAGAGAUGAACAUCCUUGCAAAUUUAAACAAAGAUGACUGGAGGGAGUUGCGUAGCUUGGUCAUUGAGAUGGUUUUGUCUACAGAUAUGUCGGGUCAUUUUCAGCAAAUUAAAACAAUGCGACAUACUCUGCAGCAGACAGAGGGGAUAGACAAAGCCAAAGCCAUGUCUUUGAUUCUACACGCAGCAGAUAUAAGCCAUCCAGCAAAAUCCUGGAAACUGCACUACCGGUGGACCAUGGCCCUGAUGGAAGAGUUUUUUCGACAGGGAGACAAAGAGGCUGCUUUAGGGCUUCCAUUUUCCCCACUCUGUGACCGCAAGUCUACUUUGGUAGCUCAGUCCCAAAUAGGUUUCAUUGAUUUCAUAGUAGAACCAACAUUUUCUCUUCUUACGGAUUCAAUGGAGAAAAUUGUUAUUCCUCUUAUAGGGGAAACUUCAAAAUCUGAAAGUCCUGCAUUUGGGACACCCAGCCAGAAUAGUUUGGGAGCAGUAAGCAAUGCUGAAGCACAAAGACGACCUGGUUUUAAAAGUGCAAGUGAUGGAGGGGCUUACACAGAAAAUUCUCUAGCAACUGUAGACCUAACAAGCUUUAAGGACAACUUGAUGCAGAUCAUUCAAGCAAACAAAGAAAGAUGGAAGGAAUUAGCAAUACAAGAAGAACUUGUGAAAAGUGAUGAUGAACAGCAGAAAGACCAAAGCAGAAAAUCCACAGAUGCCCAAUUACGGGAAGAGACAACAAGGACACAAAAUGAGACUAGUCAGGGAGGUGAUGAUACAACGUGCCCUCCCAGAUCCAUCGUCCUACAAGUAAUCUCUUUCGACACUCCUCUUCCUGAACCCGACUCAGAGAAAUGCACUAACUCUGCUCUGAACCAGGAGGAUCUCACCGAGGCCCAGCAAGAAACGCAGAGCACAGAGCCACUCAAUGGUAAUAGUUCUUCACAAAGCACCAGUCAGGCUAAUGAAGCUGCCCAGGGAGAAGCUGCAGCAGUGUCCAGUACCUCUCUGUCAAACAUCAACAGUGAUGAACCUAAACACUGUAAGAAAUCAGAAGAUAUAGUAAAAUCCACUGAGCAAAAACCUGCACUGAUACGCAACUAGACUUGGUAUUUCUUAAAGGCUUCUGACAUUUCAGGGAGGAGAGAAAAAGAAGAGCACUAAUAGUUCCUACCCCUGUUCUUACUGAGGCCACUAUCCAUCAAGUUCCUCU